AUGUUCGAACAACUACCCCAUGAGCUUUUGAAGCUCAUCAUCGGUGAGAUAUCCAUUAAAGACGUCAAGAAUCUGUCUCAGACGUCAAAACACUUCCAUUCUUCAACUCUGCCGACAGUCUGGGCAUCUGUCGUUAUCCCAGCAGGGAAGGCUGCCCACAUGAUCGAAGGCUACAAACCUGUCAAGAAGCAAAUGGUUCGUCUAUUGCCUACAGCAAUCCACGAGGAGGCUGACAGAACCAAACCAAGCUGGGGUCUAGGAACGUGUAUACCGACUCCCAUCCUGGGAAGCAAUGGAAUUGUCGCCCGUCAGCAGUCUUCGCUUCGUACUUUGAAUCUCACGACGUAUCCCUUUUGCCAGCGCUAUAGCUCCCGCGAACGAAAGAUUGACCUAUCCGCUUUCCGUCAUCUCCUAAACCUCAGUUGGAGAGGGCUAAGCUCGGAUAAACUCAGAGUAUUUGCCACCGGGCUCAAGAACAACAAGUCACACCUCGAAACUUUGGAGCUCGACCUAGUCGACUGGCCACACUUGCGCAAGGCAUUGGGUUAUUGGAAUGAUAACGAGAGAGUGCGCAGAAUGAGAGCAAGGAAUUGCAUGAACAAAAUGAUUCUUGGCCUUGACAUACACUCUCCACACAUCACGUUCCCCAACUUACAUACUCUAGUUCUCAGUCAUGUACCACUGACCGCGACGCUUGUACAAUCCAUUAACUUUGAGGUCCUCAGAUCGCUCACAAUCCGGUCCUGUCCACAGUGGUACGAUUUCGUGCUAGCAAUAACACGGCAAAGAAUCCCAGAGAGGUUAAAGAAGCUCGAGCUCCAGGAGUCUUGGCCCAAAAAUGAUGCAGCAACUGACGAGUUCGAAGACGGGGAUCCGAGCGAGGUUCUACUAGAAUAUUUCCAAGGGGCUGGAAGAGCUUUAUCUUGA